AUGGCCAAGAUGAGGCUCAAGGAUCCGUCAAAGAAGUACCGCCGCUUCAAACCUCUCGAUAUCCCCAACCGCCAAUGGCCGAGCAAAACCCUCGACAAAGUACCCCGGUGGCUAGCGACCGACCUCCGCGAUGGCAACCAAUCCCUCGUCGACCCCAUGGACGGCGAGCAGAAAUUCCGCUACUUCCAGAUGUUAGUGAAACUGGGGUAUAAAGAGAUCGAAAUCUCCUAUCCUUCGUCAGGAGCGACCGACUUUGACUUCACCCGACGUCUCGUGACCACCCCCGGAGUCGUGCCGAAUGAUGUCUGGCUCCAAGUCCUGUCGCCGUGUCGGAAAGAGUUGAUCAAGCGGACGGUGGAGAGUCUCAAGGGGGCGAAGAAGGCGAUCCUCCAUCUCUAUCUCGCCACUUCGCCGUGUUUUCAGCAGAUUGUCUUUGGCAUGGAUAAUGAGCAGAGUAUGGCUUUGGCUGUGGAGUGCACGAAAUAUGCGAGGAGUAUCACGAAAGAUGACCCCAACUCGGGGGUGGAGGAGUGGGCGUAUGAGUUCUCGCCGGAAACUUUCUCCGAUUCCGACCCGGAGUUUGUGUUGAAGGUGUGUGAGGGGGUGAAAGCGGCGUGGGAGCCUUCGGUCGAGAAUCCCAUCAUUUUCAACCUCCCCGCGACGGUGGAGAUGAGCACACCGAACGUCUAUGCCGAUCAGAUCGAGUUCUUCUGCACAAAGAUCUCCGAACGAGAGAAGAUUAGUGUGUCUCUUCACCCACACAACGACCGAGGAUGUGCAGUUGCGGCGGCAGAGUUGGCACAGAUGGCUGGUGCGGAUCGAGUAGAAGGUACACUCUUCGGCAACGGCGAGCGAACAGGAAACGUGGAUCUCGUAACUCUCGCUCUCAACUUGUAUACCCAAGGCAUCCACCCCGGCAUCGACUUCAGCGACCUGAACAGCGUAAUAGAUGUAGUGGAAACCUCGAACAAAAUCCCCGUCCAUCCCCGCCAACCCUACGGCGGCCAACUCGUCGUCUGCGCCUUCUCCGGCUCCCACCAAGACGCCAUCAAAAAGGGUUUCCAAGCACGGGAAACAGCUGGCGCGACCUCGACAGAUCCGUGGGUUAUGCCUUAUCUCCCCCUCGACCCGGAAGAUAUUGGAAGGACGUACGAGGCUAUUAUUCGCGUGAAUAGCCAGAGUGGGAAGGGUGGGGUGGCGUGGAUUAUCAAACGGACUUUGCAGCUCGAUUUACCGAGAGGUUUGCAAGUAGCGUUUAGCAAGAUCGUGCAGCGGGAGACGGAUAUGCUGGGACGAGAAAUGCUGCCGAAUGAGAUCAAGGAUCUCUUCACCGAAGCGUACCAUCUCAAUCGAAAUCCGAGGUUCAGUCUGAUCGAUUACAACAUCACCACCGACCGCAGCUCCACCACCACCGCCGCCGCACCACCCACAACAGUAACAACCGACGCAUCGAAACCAGCACAGACGACAUCAGGCAAAACCGCCCCGUCCCGCAACCUCCUCCGCAAAUUCGACGGCGUCAUCGAAAUCGACGGCACCGAACACCACCUCACCGGUUCAGGAAACGGCGCCCUCUCCGCCCUGGCCCACGCACUCAAUAAUUUGGGCAUCGACAUCGAUAUUGCGGAUUAUAAGGAACAUAGUAUUGAAAAGCGGGGUGCGGGGGUGGGAGGAGAGGGGGAGGGAGGCAAGGAGAGGAAGGGCAGGGAUACGCAGGCUGCGACUUUUAUUGAGUGUACGGCUAUGGGGCAGGCGCAGAAGGUGUGGGGGGUGGGGAUUCAUGAGGAUGUGGUGCAGAGUUCGCUGUUUGCGCUGUUGGGGGCUGCUUCUUCCUUCUUGUCCUCACGCCCUUCGACUCCUGUGCCGUUCAGGCCUAAGAGGUCCAAUACGCUUGAUAUGGAGCCUUCGUCUCCAUUGUCUGGGGUUCAGGUUGAGUGUGAGGGGAACGGGGCGCCGAAGGGUUCGGCCGAUGCGGUGGGGAAGUUGGAGAAGGCUGCUGAGGGGACGGAGAAGGUGAAUGAUGGGGCCGUGGCGGUAAAUGGGGAUGGGGAGGCGCAUUAG